CCGGUAGACAUAUUGCUUACUGGAGCAAUUUCUAGAAAGCUAUCAGUGGGGAAAGGAGUUGAAAUUGACAAACGUCUUUACAACUUGACAUACCCGAAAAACUAAAAAAAAACAGAAUGGAGCCGUCAACCAGUCCGGCCAAGGACAACUACAGGAUGAACCGCUACAAGAACAAAGCACUGAAUCCAGAGGAGAUGAGACGCAGGAGAGAAGAGGAGGGGAUCCAACUCAGGAAACAGAAGCGAGAACAGCAGCUCUUCAAGAGGAGAAAUGUGGAUGUUCUGAAUGAAGAGGAAGUCAUGCUUGAAAGUCCACUGGCGGACUCAUACCUAAGUUCUCCAGCAACGGAAGGAGUUAUUACCAGAGACAUGGUUGAGAUGCUUUUUGCAGAAGACCCAGAGCUUCAGCUUGCAACAACACAGAAGUUCAGGAAACUACUUUCCAAAGAGCCCAACCCUCCAAUUGAUGAGGUUAUAAAUACACCUGGAGUGGUCGAGAGGUUUGUUGAGUUUCUAAAGAAGAGCAUCAACUGCACACUUCAGUUUGAAGCUGCGUGGGCUCUGACCAACAUCGCAUCAGGAACGUCCUCGCAGACAAAGAUUGUUAUAGAAGCUGGAGCUGUACCCAUCUUCAUCGAAUUACUCAACUCAGACUUUGAGGACGUUCAAGAACAAGCUGUGUGGGCGUUGGGGAAUAUUGCAGGGGACAGUGCAGUCUGCAGGGAUUACGUCCUAAACUGUGACAUCCUUCCACCACUGUUAAUGCUUUUGACUAAAUCCACCAGAUUGACCAUGACUAGAAAUGCAGUGUGGGCUCUGUCUAAUCUCUGUAGAGGAAAAAAUCCUCCUCCAGCUUUUGAAAAGGUGUCACCUUGUCUGCCGGUGCUGUCCAGGCUCUUAUUUAGCAGUGACCCAGACUUGUUGGCAGACGCCUGCUGGGCUCUUUCCUACCUUUCAGAUGGCCCCAAUGACAAGAUCCAGGCUGUGAUUGACUCUGGUGUCUGCAGGCGGCUUGUGGAGCUCCUCAUGCACUCCGACUAUAAGGUGGCCUCUCCUGCCCUGAGAGCUGUGGGAAACAUCGUCACCGGAGAUGACAUCCAAACACAGGUGGUGUUGAACUGCUCAGCUCUCCCCUGCCUGCUGCACCUUCUCAGCAGCGCUAAAGAAUCCAUUCGCAAAGAAGCCUGCUGGACCAUCUCCAACAUCACCGCAGGGAACCGAGCACAAAUACAGACCGUGAUUGAUGCCAACAUCUUCCCAGUACUGAUAGAAAUUCUGCAGAAAGCUGAAUUCCGAACUAGAAAAGAAGCAGCCUGGGCCAUAACCAACGCCACAUCUGGAGGAACGCCAGAGCAGAUCAGGUAUCUGGUGAAUCUGGGCUGCAUAAAGCCCCUGUGUGACCUGUUGACGGUAAUGGACUCGAAGAUUGUUCAGGUCGCUCUGAAUGGACUAGAAAACAUCCUUCGGCUGGGCGAGCAGGAGGCCAAGCAGGAGAACGGCUCGGGCGUGAAUCCUUACUGCAGCCUCAUCGAAGAAGCAUACGGUCUGGACAAGAUCGAGUUCCUCCAGAGCCACGACAACCAGGAGAUCUACCAGAAGGCCUUCGACCUCAUUGAGCGCUACUUUGGGGUGGAGGAUGAAGACAGCAGCCUCGCUCCUCAGGUGGACCAGGCCAACCAGCAGUUCCUCUUUCCUCAGCAGGAGGCUCCCAUGGAGGGCUUCCAGCUAUAAAUCUUGUAAAGUUCACCACAUACCCUGCCCCCCACCCUUUAUACUCCCCUAUUCUGUGGAAGGUCUGAAUCAUGCCACUGUGUCCUCUUACCCAAUCACUGCACACCCCUGCCCUGUGGAGGAAAACUUUUGCCCUCUUAAGCCUAAAAACUCCAUUUGUCACGAUUUCAACCAAUGGACUAACUUCUCACUGACUCUACCACGCCUAGCAGAGGAAGUGAUCAUCAUGCAACUUAAAGUGAGUCUGCCCUGCCCCAAGUUCACGCUCACAAACGCUGAUCGCUCUCACAUCCCGUCUCUGGCAGUAGCUGCCAUUUAUUGGUCGAUAAUUUAAACUACACGUCUUUUCCGACGGGACGUUCCUGUUUUCUGGAUUCCUUUUGAAUCCCGUUGCAGAGUCCAUAAACAGGGCUGCGUGUGGUGAAACCCGUUCUUCUUGUCGGUCAGGUUUUUGUGCAAUCCAACAUAGUUUGAUUUCAUUAUUUCCUUAUUUAUCUGCUCCUGUUCCAGUUCUUUUUCUUUUCCUGUGAUUAAAAAGUGUUUGGUUUUCUGCUAAGAGCUGAUGGCGAGUUCAGAGCUGCUCCUCUCGUCUGAAGGUGUUUCAGUGGGGGGGCAGGGGGGUGAAGCUAAUCUCAAGGACUCUACAUGAGGUGUCCUAACUAUGACAUCGGGUUUUUUUUUUUUUUUUGAGUAACUUAAAAGAAACUUUGAUUGUGGGAAAGUUUUCGACGUCCAACAGUCGUAUUUUGCUGUGGUAUAAAUUAAUGCGUUUGAUUUGUGGAGGGAUCUCUUGAGCAAGGCAUUUUGGGACAUUUGUUGGGGGAGCGGGGCCAGCUGCAGGAGCAAACCAAACAUCUCUUAUAUUUACCUGCAUUUAUUAGAUCACUUUUAGAGUAAGGUGGAGUGUCUUGUGAAGUAAAGGUUCAUAAGCAACAUUUCUAACGUUUGGAUUUCUUUGGAACCCCAGUUAGGUUCUGCUGGGCAGCUAGGUCCCCCAGUUGGGUCUAGAAGGUGGUUUUGCAUUCUGCUCGUCCUAGAAUCGCUGAACAAUCACAGCAGCUGGCAGCAAGAGGCAAACGAAACGCAAACGCUUCUUGUAAACGGUGUUUGGAGUUCAAAAUGGCCGACGGCCCAUCGAUGCAGUGACUUUUGGUGAUGUGAAUAGUUCUGGUGUUUUCUUUAGAGGUAGAGUUAAAUAUCACGAUGUCUGUGAGGAACGGAAAUGACAACGGCUAAAGGUUUGGCGUGGGACGGUUGCGAGCGGUCGGGGUUUGUGUAAAUAGCCUUUUCUCUGUCCUUUUAUGGGAAAUCUGCUUCAGUGUUUCCUCGUGGGUUUAUAAACCAUCCGAUGUGAAAGAGGCUGGGGGAGCUGCAACGACGCAGACAUCAACAGAGGAUAUUUGAAUUAUGAUGUAUUUGCAUUAAAAUAUGAAUCUUGUUUCUUUACGCACACUUGCAUACACCACCAGCAGACACUGUGCACACACCUCCCACAGACAAGUGGCCUGAAGCAAAUAUUAGUUUCCAGAAAGAUCGUGACCGUUUAGUUUUCAUUAUCGAGCAAAAAUUCUUAGUUUCAAUUCUCAAGUAUGUUUUCUUAAAAUGUUGCUCUUGUUUAGUUUUUUUUAUUGACAUGAAGUUGUUUGAACUUUAAAGCAAAUUGUGGAAACUUGUAUUUGUUUCAGCCUCAGGACUUUAGAUGGUUGAACUCUGACCAGGGCUCGGCUUUGCCUCGGAGCGAGGCCCGUCGUGGGUCGGUGGGUGAAGUAGAGCUCUGGUUUGUGAUUGACUGACGGGCGCUAUGUGAGGAAGAGGUCCACUGACUCUGCUGAGACCCUGUUCUGUGGAUCACUUUGAAAACACUAAAUGGAGGGUGUUCUCAAAACUAAAUGCAACAACCGGCUGAAUAUUCUUUUUUGAAGCAGAAACAAAUGAAAAACUAUCGAGUCUACAGGUUGUACUAGUUGUUCUUGACUUACAGAAGACUAACUCGUUAAAGGAAAAGGUGGGUUUCUGUGUAAACGCUAAGAUCUUCCGUGUAGAAAGUUUCUAAAACGACUAAAGUUCGGAGAUAAAUGUUUUAGGAGAAACGGACCAGUGUGAAGGCAGCGGACACCAGUUCAACCAUUGCUGUUACUUUCACAUUACACACUUAUUAUAGCAGGUAAAGUCCUACCAGUCCUGACCCCUGGAUGCCUGGCGAGUGCUACAGCUAGCUGCUGCUGUUGAUCUUUACUGUUGCAAAUACAGAAUGACUCGUGUUUUGAGGAAGUGAUGGCAGCAUGAAGGUUUACGAGAAGCGUUUCAUGAACAUCCGAAGCGUUUUUGUCAUUGGAUUCAUUUUUGUUUGGAGGCGAGCUACGCUGGUGUGCGUUUAGAUCAGCGAUGAGCUCGUCAGUCCUGUAAACUGUGUGUCUUUAAACUGGCGCUUGUAAUCAACUUUCUGACACAGAAACCCAUUCAACCAGGCCGAACCAUUCCUUUAAGUGAAUACCGUAAUUUUCAGACCAUAAGGUGCAUCAAGUGAGACAAAACAAUCAGACAAGUCAAACUUUAUUCAACUCGUUCACGAUAACUCUCAGCAUAGUAACACAUAAAAUCAGUUCGAGGUCAGUAAGCACAGCUUAAUUCAUAAGGCUCACUGUCGAUUUUU